GUGAAACAGACAGUUGCUACAGCGGACUCAUUCAGGGUUGAGUCACUCGUCUCAGAGUGUCAGAAGAACUUAAAUGUGAAAAAGUCAAACUGAUGGAGAAGAGGCGACUGACUGCUCACUGUCAAUUUGCCAGGAUGAUUUGGAAGUGGAUCUAUCUCACUGCCCUCCUUUCUGGAGCUCUCACAUCCCCGACCCCCUCCUCACCCCCCAACAGCACAGCUGUGGAGGGACCCUGUCGCAUCUACAACUCCGGCCGCUCCGCAGACUGUCUGGGCCGACAGCUGGACAGCGUCCCGUGGAGACAGUUUCCAUCCACGCUGGAACAGAUAGAUCUCUCCUCCAAUAAACUUCAAGCUGUUCACGCCGACGACUUCAGCUGCCUCCCUCGGCUUCGCACACUUCGGCUGAGCUUCAAUAACAUUUCACACAUCGACAGUGACGCCUUUAAAAACAACAAACUACUGGAGUAUCUUAACAUCUUUAAUAACUCCCUCCAGGAAAUUCCUGCCACGGCGCUGACUCCACUUCUGAAUCUGCGGGAGCUCUGGAUGUCAAAUAACCUAUAUAAACACGCCACUCUGGACGAGAGCUUCACCAAACUCAUCAAUCUCAAAGUUCUGUCUUUGGGCGGCCCGUUGGUGAUGGGUCUCAGGAAAGCAGACUUCCAGCCCCUGAAAAACAUCCGCUUAUAUGGCUUUCAGAUCAAAUGCUCCUCUAAUCUAAGUUACUACGAGCCCGGAAGCUUAGAAGUCGUCCAGACGCUGCAGAUGGGCUUUGACAUGGCCAUAGAUCAGCGGCCAGGCGCUCUCCAUCACAUGCUGCGAGACAUUGCCAACAAGACCUUCAGUGACCUCCAGUUCAGAAACCUCUUUGAGUUCAUGUACUACCUUGGGGAUGACGACAUUUUUCAGGGUUUAAAAGACGUCAAAGCCCAUCGGCUCAUCUUCCAUAGAGGGAAAUUCAACGAGAAUCUCCUCAGGAUGGCGCUGAUGAACCUUCAGGUUGAUAAAAUCAAAAAUCUGAGACUUCAGUACAUCGACUUCGCCCGUUCUCCCACAUUUAUCGAUACUGGAGGAAGCUCCAGUAUCACAGAUCUGGCACUGGAUCAUCUGGAUCUUUGGUACAUUAGCAACCCGGAUGUGCUGCGGUUCGACUGGCGCUUCACCUGGUUCAACAACAUCAAGUACCUGUCCAUUCAGGACGUCUACUUUAACUCAGUGCCGUGUGACGCCUGGGUUGAGAUGGUGAAUGUCCAGUCUCUGAAUGUCUUCAGCAAUCGACUACAGGAUGGUUACCUCUUUAAUAAGAGAUGCCACUACAAGGGCACCAUGCCGAACCUUCGUUCCUUCAACCUGAGCACCAAUGAACUGACCAGCUUAACAGAUCUGUCAUCACUGACCAGGGAGUUCCAGCAGCUGCAGGAGUUGGACGUUAGCAACAACAAACUGGGAGCUGCUGAACAAAGUCAGAACUGUGUUUGGCAGAAAAGCAUCACUCGGCUCAUCGCUCACCACAACCAGUUUGACAGUGAAUCCCUCCACUGUCUGCCCACUACAGUGCACUACUUAGACCUGUCCCACUGUGAACUGGACCAGCUGGACAUGACCUAUUUUGAAAAAGCAACCAGCUUGAAAGAGCUCAGGCUUAGUGGGAAUAAAAUCAAGUUCAUCCCCUCCAAGUGGGAGAGUCAGUCACUGCAGAUGCUUGCUUUGGAUGGGAAUUCAUUUGGUCUCAUCAGCAAAGAAUCCUUUCAAGACAUGCCUCAGCUGUCUAGUCUAAGGGCGGGAAACAAUCCGUACCACUGCACAUGUGAGCUCCACGCUUUCGUCCAGGACACAAACUCCAAAGGAAAGAUCAACCUCACAGACUGGCCCAAGGACUAUAAGUGUUACCACCCGGAGGCCUUCCUGAACACAUUCAUAUCCAAAUACUUACCAGGUCAACUGGCGUGUGAUAUCAGACUCGUUAUCAUCAUCUGUGUUGCAACCACCGCUCUGGUGAUCUUCAUACUGAUGCUGAUAUGCUACAUCUUCGACCUACCGUGGUACACCAAAGCAACAUUUCAGAUAAUCAGGGCCAAAUACAGAGCUCACAAAGAAAAGGCAGCAGGGGAACCGGAAAGUUUUACAUACCACGCUUUCAUAUCCUACAGCCACUCUGAUGCAGACUGGGUGAGGGAUCAGCUCUUACCCUGUUUGGAGAGUAACAGGAACCCUUAUCGUCUUUGUAUUCAUGAGAGGGACUUCAUGCCAGGAAGGUGGAUCAUUGAUAACAUCAUCGACAACAUUGAAAACAGUCGGAAGGUUAUCUUUGUCCUCUCUCGGCAUUUUGUCAACAGCGAGUGGUGCAACUAUGAGCUGUACUUCGCCCAGCAGAGGGCCAUGGGGAAGACCUUUAGUGAUGUCAUCCUGGUGGUAAAAGAGCCCAUCGAUCCAAACUCCCUGCCCAGUAAAUACUGCAAGCUGAAGAAGAUGCUGAGCACCAAGACGUACCUGGAGUGGCCCCAGCAGGCCAACCAGCAGGCGUUCUUCUGGGCGCAGUUAAAGAGUGUUUUAGGUAAGCCCACCAUGACCAGAGACGGGACGCACAGCGUGAGGAGCAGAACCUCAUCGGAGGGGGGGAUAUCUGUGAUCGGGCCCUUGAUGGACGACAGGAGGAGGGAAGGAUCUGUACUCAAAACUGAGAACCCUAAAAGGAGCACCUAUGAUGUUACAAAUGAGAGACAAAUCCCCGCUGUGGCAUUUUGACCAAAAGGUUAAAACUACAGAUUGUACGUCAGCUUACAUUCCUCCUGAAUUGUCUCUGCAGACUCUCAAACCGCAGUAACCUUUUGUGUGCUGGUUAUGUCAAACAGGGAGCAAAAGCCAACAUCUCAUUAAGAUGACAGACAACAACACAAUCCCUCUCCGCCUGCGGCAUUCUGUCAUGUUAUCCCUGAGUGUCGAGCUGAUGCCCUCUGCUCCGCUCUCCCUCUGAGUGUCUCGGGCAGGGUGCCCCGCUGACAGGCGCUGAAAGGCCAAAAAAACCUCAACGGCUCAAAUGAGAUCUCUCAUGUCACUCUCUCUGGAUAACACGGGAGGUGCCAGGAAGAUGUGGUGACAGGAGCCGCAUUGUGAAAGGACAGGGCUCUGUUUCAGUCUUGGCCCUCUUGGGCAUGAGAUCAUGAAGUUCAGACUCUAAUCAUCCAGGUCUCUAUCAAAGGAGACAAGGGCCAAAUCAUUCCACUUCUUUAGAUAAAGAUAGAACACAGGCUGUCCAUGGGAGAUCGACCCAAUUUCUGAAAAAUCUGGGAAAAAAACAAGAAACUAAUAUGUAAUGUUUCGACAUUAGAAUAACUUUUAAGUUAAUCUGAAUGCACAAUGACUUUCAAAAGGGAGAAUGGCAUCCACUUUGCUUUCCCUGCGUACCUUUGGCUGUGGUUAUAACUCCACAGCACCAGCUCACGCCCCCCAGCCUUCUGCUCAAAAGAGAUUUGAGAAAGUUGGCUAAUUACAACUAAACAAAGGCAAUCGCUCUGUUUUUAACUGCUGUUUUAAUGCUGAUAUCUACUGAAGCAGGGGUUCACAAACUUUUCGGCCAACCCCCAAAAUGAUGGCGAUGAAGACCAGGGACCCCAACUGUUCCUAAGAUUGGCUGCAGCAUAGUUGCCACAUUUAAGAAUCCUCAUGUGCAGGACUUUUGAAACAUUGCUUUGAUGGGGCGUGCAGAUGGCCUAGCAGUCUAAGACGUGACCCAUGUAUGGGCAGCCCGGGUUCAAAUCUGGCCUGUGGCCCUUAGCCACAUGUCUCUCCCCACUCUUGUCCCAUUUCCAACUCUAUCCACUGUCCUUCUCUGCCAAAUAAAGGCACUAAAAAGCCCCAAAAAAUAAAUAUUAAAAAAGAACAUUGCUUUGAUUUCAGCAUAAAACAAAUGACCAUGAUUUCAUUUUUUUCAUAAACCAAUUUAUGCAUAUAUUUCUACAGAAAUGUUCAAUAUACACAAUUUAAAACCAUUUAAAAAUACUCUUCGUGUCUUGGAAGGCAUCUCGUGACCCCCACUCAGUGUCUCACAAUCCCCCCAGGGGGUCCCAAACCCCACUUUGGGAACCACUGCUAUAAGGUACUUGGGAAUAAUCUUCUGGAGAUUUUAAUGUGCAUUACUCCUUUAAGGAGAAGAGGCGUCAUCUCAACUGGAAUACAUCCUUUUCUUAUUACAGUACGGUGCAUGCACCAUCUGAACCCCUGAUUUCAUCCAAUAAAAUUGUCUGUAGCAUUUAAGAUCCACUUCUGCUGCUUCAAACAGAAUUAAACUCUUCCUCCUUUGGUGUCAUUUAGAGCAGCACUACAUCCACUUUAGACCUGUUGAAGAAUUUCAAAGUAUUAUUUUUUGGUUGUAUUUCAUUUAGGACAUUUCUGACAUCAUGCUUCUCCUCUCACUCCUGUGUGGAUUGUGUGUUUGCACACAGCGCUUUAACACCUCUUUAUGCCCUUAUAUGGGCAUAAAAGAGGUGUUAAUUUAAGAACACAGGUGCAAACAAUUCAGCAGUUAAAGGCUCUGUCCACAUGAAGGCGAGUAUUUGCUAGAGUGUUUUGCCCUAAGCCCUAAAGUGAGGCCCUAAGCAGACUCUGGUAUGAGGCCCCACAGUCACAUAAUGAUCAGAUGGUAUAUUUGACAUCAAUAGAUAAUCUGGCAUCAUUGACUUCUGCAUUAAUUUGAUGUUCACAGAUGAGAAUGGGGGAAAACAUGUACAUAUGCACAUUUUCGAUUAAAGUUCAGCAGUUAAGGAGGGCUUAAAAUCAAGUUGAAGAUACAUGUUUUAGCAGAAUUGUGCAAAAAAAAAUAUGAUUUUAGUGCACAUACUACUUUGUCUUUGUUUGUUUGUUUUUUUCCUGACCUUUUUUUGUACUGUAAGUCAAGUUUAUGUUAUAUUUUUUAAAGUUUUA